AACAAGGCAGAAAUGCCCGGAUACUAAUGUUUUAACGUGCUGUCUUUCUUAUGUACCCAACCACCGGCCCAGCCCCUCGGGGAUAUGUACGUGUGGCCGUAUAAAAUGGGAGAGACGCUGUAAGUUCGGGAAUGCUGCGGCGGUUGCGGCUCUAUCUCCGGCAGCUGGUAACUCUGAUGGCCCGGAGACCCGGUGUGUUUUGCGGAGCUGUCGUCUUAAGCUGUCUGCUCAUUUUAGCUGUCAAAUUAACCUGCAGUCGGGCGAAGAAUGUGGUUGCAGCAGCGCGCGCACCGGUGCGUUUUUUCGCUGGGGAUGUGCCGGUUGUAGACCUGUAUUUGGGACAGGUGGAACAGGUGGAGCGGCUGAGAGGAGCUUCAGACAUAUCAGUUAUUUUCUAUUACGCCCCCUGGUGUGCUCACUCCAUCAAUGCACGCGACCAGCUCCAGCACGUGGCACACUCACUCUUCACUCAGGUGCAGUUUGUGGCAGUGAAUUGCUGGUGGAAUCAGGGCAAGUGCAGGAGACAGAAGAACUUUUACCAAUAUCCUGUUAUCCACCUAUACUACAGAAGGUUUGGUCCUAUAGACUAUAAAGGACCUUUCCAUGCAGCGUAUGUGGAGAAGUUUAUCCAGAGAGUCAUCUCCCCGCUGACCUACCUGCCCACUCAGUCCACCCUGAGAGACUUUCUCUCACACCAUGAGCCUGGUGUAGUUGGAUUCUUUGACUUUAACACGUCUCCUCAGCCCCCCGGAUAUCUCACCUUCCUCUCAGCUGCACUGCAGGCUCUCCAGAGAGAUUCCCAGGGGGCGGUCCGUUUUGGUGUGGUGACCAAUCAGGAGGUUGCACAGGCCAUCUCCCUCAGAGAGGAUGAGAGUGUGUACCUGCACCGACGAUUAAACCACUCCCUGUUGUUUCCACGCAGUGAGCGAAACUUCACAGCUGAAGAACUCACAGGCUGGGUGUUUGAGCACAGAGAAACUCUCCUACACUGGCUACAACCCAAUGGGGCAAAAAGCCACACCCUGGAGGAGGAGCUACAAAAAGGCCCCGCGCUCCUCAUGUUCCUCCCUCACAACCCGCUAGGAGCCAAUCAUGAACUACUCACAGCGGUUGCUGAUGUGGCAGUGAGGUAUCACUCCUGCUGUCGUUCUUCUGUUCCUGGAGCUUCACUGGACCAUCCUGCUCCUCCCUCUGUGAUUUUGCCCCAGUGUGGGUCCACUCUCCUGGGCCAGCUCUGCUGUAAUUCCCUGCUUCUGCCGACCUGGAGCUCCGUGUCCCGCGGCGGACUCCGAGUUUGUGAGCUCUGCCUGAACCGCUCUAAACCCGGACCCGGGUCCAGUCUUGGAGCUGGCUGUUCGCUUGCGGAUCUAGAUGCAGCUCUGGAGUCCUACCUCAGACGGGGGUCUGUCUGGAGUCAGUCGCUGGCUCCCUCCUGUAGUCAUGUCCGAUAUGCCUACAGUCCCUUUACCCACUACAGUGCCUGCUGCCGAUCGCUGCUCACAGCUGCCACUGACGGACAGACGGGUGCCACUGACGGACAGACGGGUGCCACUGACGGACAGACGGGCGCCACUGAUGGACAGACGGGCGCCACUGAUGGACAGACGGGUGCCACAGACGGACAGACAGCUGCCACUGACGGACAGACGGGCGCCACAGACGGACAGACGGGUGCCACAGACGGACAGACAGGUGUGCAGAGAUCUGAACCAUCUUCCCCUCAUCAGCCUGUGGAAGACUGCCCCCUGCUGGACGCCCUCACAGGCCUGCGGUGCCGCACCAAUAAAACACUGCGUUUUUACCUGCUGGACUCUAACCUGCACUGGACCUUGGCUCGCCGUCUUGGGGCAGAGGGCAACGUCAGUGAACAUGCGUUUGCCACCAUUGUUAACUUGCGAGACGAGACACAUUAUGUUCUAAACCAAACGGACAGCCUGAGAGAUUCACUAGAAUACUUUAUCAGGAACUUCAGUUCACCUCACUCAGUACUGCCAAGACACUUAGUGGGCCGCACACAACUACAACCCCCACAAUCCCUCAUUCAGGAAAUGACCACACACACCUUCCUGCCCACUGUGAUGGACCCUGAGAAAGAUGUGCUGGUAUUGUACUACAGUAGAUGGUGUGGGUUCUGUGCUGUGUGGAAUCACGUUCUCCUUCAAAUGUCUCAGCUCUUCCACUCUACCAGCUUUCUGACCAUUAGCCGGGUGAACGUUGCCCUUAACGACCUGCCCUGGGAGUUCAUGGUGGACCAUGUGCCCACUCUUCUCCUCUUCCCAAGACACAGGAAACAAAUGAGUGUGAAAUUUCCUGAGAAUACGCCCAUCACUUUGCCAAAUUUGGUACGCUUUGUCCUCAAGUACAGUGGCCACACCCCUCAAGGUACAGGGUUGGGGGCGGGGCCAAGGUCCCUGCUGCAGGCGGAGCUGCAGGUGCUACAGGGGGAGGUGCUGUUGCUCCAGCAGGCCAAGGACCGCCUAUCUCAACAGCUUACCGCCCUGUGGCGGGAAAACCAACAACUUUCACUGCAUACGCGCUCUCUGGAGUCCCAGAAUGCCUUGCUGCAGGAGCAGAGCGGGCGUUUGGAGGCCCAGUUUCGGGAGAAAAGCCGACAGCUGUCAGACGCCCUGCAGAGACUGGAGGAGUUAGCUAGUGUGUCAGAGCACCUGUUAACGGAAAACUCGCUUCUGAAGGUUUUACUCUCCACCCUCAGAGAGAGGCAGAUGGAUGGACAAAGAAAUGAGGAGAAGCAGAUGGAGGACGGAGAAUCGGGAAAGGAGGAGGCGUCCUGACAGGAGAACACAGACUGAAGGGGAGGAGGCGUCCUGACAGGAGAACACAGACUGAAGGGGAGGACAGUGAAGUGUUGGGGGAGGUUUUGAAUACUGUUGGUACACAUGCUCAGAACCUUUAAGAUCAGCUUGCACUGGAGGAGCAGAGAGAGGAGCAGAGAGAGGAGCAGAGAGAGAGACAGAGGAAGAGAGAGAUGAGAGAGAGAGAUAGACAGACAGAGGGAGGAAGGCGAGAGAAAGAAAAGCUCACUGGUUAGCAGUGAAGAUGCUGUGAAGUUGCCACCUAGUGGAGCAGUUUGGUAUUGCAGGGGAAAGAACUUGUUUGUAUUAAUGAGUGAAUAGGGAGUAAAGUCCACUGAGUUCUAGCUAAGUGUGGCACUGCUGUGUCCAUAACUAACCUUAUAAUCGGCUGGAGGCUGAACCCUGUGUCGGACUGGUCAGUCCUGCCAGAGAGAUCAUAAAAACUAUAUAAUCUGGUUCCAUGUUCCUGUGUUGAUUAGAAAUGUUCCCCUGUGUGGGCUAUCUGAAGGUUCUGGUCCGUUCUGAUGUCAGAACAAAGAGGAUAUCUGUGGUUUUGGAUGAGCCAGACAGGAAUUAACCUCUGAGAUCUGGGGGAAUCUUUCAUACAGAGAGACUUUACUGUGGGUGCGUGUAUGUGUGUGAGUCAGAGAUCUGUGGGACAGAGGUGUAAUCGUGUAAUUGAUCUUUUUGGUGAAGCUCUGUUUGUAUUUUUCUCCUCUUUUCAUCAGUAGCAGAGAGAGAAAAAAAAAAACUUGUUUCUAUGUUUAUGGUGGAUUCUUUG